UUUGGAUACUGAGUUCACCUGUUAACCAAAGCUCGAAACUCAUCAAUGGAGGUGGCCACCACAGCUUCCAGCUUCGCGCUCCACACGCGCAUGUUAGCAACGCCCACCACUCCCCGAGCCCUGAACACUACCCGCCCCCAUCUGACGUCGUGUCAUUCCCCUACCAAAGCCUCCCUGUCCACCAGCUUCCUCUCUCCCUUCGCCGGCAACAGCCUCUCCUCCGACUUCUCCGGCCACAAGCUCCGCCCUUCCUCCCUCAAUCCAGCGUCGUCUCAUGGCUCCAAACUCAAACGCGGCGUCGUCACCAUGGUUAUUCCAUUUCAAAGAGGAAGUGCAUGGGAGCAGCCGCCUCCGGACCUGGCAUCAUAUCUAUACAAAAACCGAAUAGUGUACUUGGGCAUGUCACUUGUUCCUUCGGUGACGGAGUUGAUACUUGCCGAGUUUCUCUACCUUCAGUACGAAGACGACACGAAGCCCAUUUACUUGUACAUUAAUUCCACAGGAACAACCAAGGGUGGGGAGAAGUUGGGUUAUGAAACAGAGGCUUUUGCAAUAUAUGAUGUCAUGAGGUAUGUCAAGCCACCUAUAUUUACUCUUUGUGUUGGUAAUGCUUGGGGAGAAGCUGCCUUACUUUUGGCUGCUGGUGCAAAGGGAAACCGUUCUGCUUUACCCUCAUCAACAAUCAUGAUGAAGCAGCCGAUUGCGAGGUUUCAAGGUCAAGCAACAGAUAUUGAACUUGCAAGAAAGGAAGUGAGGAAUGUUAAAGACGAGUUGGUUAAACUCUUCGCAAAGCAUGUGGGAAAGUCAACUGAGCAAAUUGAAGCAGACAUUAGGCGUCCAAAAUAUUUUAGUCCAAGUGAGGCAGUUGACUAUGGCAUCAUUGACAAGGUACUGUACAAUGAAAGGAGUACCGAAGACAGGGGAGUUGUCUCAGACCUUAAAAAAGCACAACUUAUUCCAUAGGAAGACUUGGAAUUCUUAUCAGAAGGAAUAUUCAGGUUGAAGUUUAUGCGGUGAUUGUCGUGGAGAAUGCUCGGGCAAGAGUUGCACCAUGCACGGGAAAAACUGGGCAUCCAGCUUCCAAGUGGUAACACAAAUAUUUUCCAGCAAAGCAAUGCAUAAUACAUAGCCUAAACUUAUAUCAAGCACAAAGAACCAUCUGUGUAAAACAGUUGAAACGAAAGCAAGUGUUUUUCUUUUGACUUUUAAUCAUCUGCGUUUGCUGAUUUUUUGUUAA